CUCUCAUGCCUUUCACUCGCUGUAAUUUUUUUUUUGUUUGAUCUGAUCGAAUUUGUAGCUAGUGACUAGUGAUUAACAAUGGCUACAACUCUUGUGUGCUUGUCUCUGGUCCUCCUUUGCUUUUUGUCAGGUGGUGGCGUGAGAGGCGGCGAGUCGCUCCGCGUGUUCACCAUCAUAAACCAGUGCAAGACGGUGGUCUGGCCGGCGAUCACGCCCGGCGAGAGCUUCGGAGGCGGCGGGUUCGCGCUGCGGCCGGGGCAGUCGAUGGUGUUCACGGCGCCGGUGGGGUGGUCGGGGCGCAUCUGGGGGCGGACGGGGUGCAGCUUCGACCAGGCGGGCAACGGGUCGUGCGCGACGGGGGCGUGCGGGACGGCGCUGCAGUGCGGCGGGUCGGGCGCGACGCCGGCGACGCUGGCGGAGUUCACGCUGGCGUCCAAGGACUUCUACGACGUGAGCCUGGUGGACGGGUUCAACCUGCCGAUGGUGGUGCGGCCGCUGAACGGGCAGGGCAACUGCACGGCGGCGGGGUGCGACGGCGACCUGCGGGAGAGGUGCCCGUCGGAGCUGGCGAUGAAGGUGGGGGGGCGGACGGUGGCGUGCCGAAGCGCGUGCGACGUGUUCGACACCGACCAGUACUGCUGCCGGGGGCUGUACGGCAACCCGUCGACGUGCCAGCCGACGUUCUACUCCAAGAAGUUCAAGGACGCGUGCCCCACCGCCUACAGCUACGCCUACGACGACCCCUCCAGCAUCUUCACCUGCUCCAACGCCGACUACACCAUCACCUUCUGCUCCAACACCAAGCGCUCCGUCUGCACCUACCACAACAAUCGCCUCAUCUGCAGCGCCGCCUCCACCCCUGCUUCUUCGCCCUUCUUCCUCCUCCUCCUCCUCUUCACUUUUCUCGCUCUGCUCCGCUUUUCACUCUAAUACCUUCUUCCUCGCUUCAUCUUCAUUCUUCAAACACAACACAACACAGCUCAGCUGCUGUGCUACUUUCAUCGCAUUUGAGAUCUGUGCAUACUCCCUCCCAUGUCAAUACAUGUAGAUGUAUACUCCUCCUCCUCCUAUACAUAGUAGGCAGGAUCUACUUACUAUAUGGAGUGAAACAAUCAAGAACAGGGGAUGUUGCUUGAGAUCACGAUGAGCGUUAGAAUAUAAGUAAAAUCCAAUACGAAUAGUCCUUAAUAAAUGAGGAAUAUGUGUACAUGGAAUAAUAGUUGAGGAUAAAAUAAG